AUGGCCAGCGGUUACGAUCGAGCUCUGUCCGUCUUCAGUCCCGACGGACACGUCUUCCAGGUCGAAUAUGCUCUCGAAGCCGUCAAGCGCGGUAUGCCAUCUCCCACCUCCUCUCAACUCCACUCCGGUCGACUGAUUGCCUCCCAGNGAACUUGCGCCGUCGGCGUCAAGGGUGAGAAGAUCGUCGUUCUGGGCUGCGAAAAGCGCAGUGCCAUGAAGCUCCAAGACACUCGCAUCACUCCCUCAAAGAUUGGUCUCAUCGACAACCACGUCUGCCUCGCCUUUGCCGGUCUGAACGCCGACGCCCGUAUCCUGGUCGACAAGGCCCGUUUGGAAGCCCAGAGUCACCGCCUGACUGUCGAAGACCCCGUUUCCAUCGAGUACAUCACAAAGCACGUCGCCCAGGUCCAACAACGCUACACCCAGUCUGGUGGUGUCCGUCCCUUCGGUAUCAGCACUCUCAUCGUCGGCUUCGACCCCAAUAGCACAGAGGCUAGACUGUUCUACACCGAGCCCAGUGGUAUCUACUCUGCAUGGAAGGCAAACGCCAUCGGCCGCUCAUCCAAGACUGUGCGCGAGUUCCUCGAGAGAAACCACAAGGACGGCAUGGACCGCGAGGAGACCAUCAAGCUUACUGUCAAGUCAUUGCUCGAAGUCGUGCAGACAGGCGCAAAGAAUAUCGAAAUUGCCGUCAUGGAGCCCGGCAAGCCCCUGGAAAUGCUCAAGGUCGAAGAUAUCGAGAAGUAUGUCGAGAGCAUCAACAGCGAAAAGCAGGAGGAGACAAACACAAGAAGAGGUCCCCGCGCAGGAGGUGCCGGAGCACAGGGCAGCACAACGGGUCCUGCAGCAGGCACUGAAGCCGUGCUGGCUAGCAGACCGGCUGGUGACGGUGGUAACGCAGAGUAG